AUGGAGCUCCGAGUGGGUGGAAAGUUUCGCCUUGGCCGCAAGAUUGGAUCUGGAUCCUUCGGGGACAUCUACAUUGGCACCAACGUGCAGACCAGUGAGGAGGUGGCCAUCAAACUAGAGUCCAUCAAGUCCAAGCACCCUCAGCUGCUCUAUGAGUCCAAGCUGUAUAAGAUCCUGGCAGGAGGUGUGGGCGUUCCAAACGUCCACUGGUACGGAGUAGAGGGUGACUACAACGUGAUGGUGAUCGACUUGUUGGGGCCUUCAUUAGAGGAUUUGUUUAGCUUCUGCAAUCGGAAGUUCAGCCUGAAGACCACACUGAUGCUGGCCGACCAGAUGAUCAAUAGGGUUGAGUACAUGCACGCCAAGAACUUCAUCCACAGGGACAUCAAGCCGGAUAAUUUUCUAAUUGGAUUGGGAAAGAAGGCCAACCAGGUCCACAUCAUCGACUUCGGACUGGCCAAGAAGUAUAGGGACCCCAAGACGCAGCAGCACAUCCCUUACAGAGAGAACAAGGCCUUGACAGGCACUGCAAGGUAUGCCAGCGUCAACACGCACCUGGGUAUUGAGCAGAGUCGGCGAGAUGAUCUUGAGGCUGUUGGAUAUGUGCUGAUGUAUUUCAAUCGCGGCAGCCUUCCAUGGCAGGGUCUGAAGGCAAACUCCAAGAAGGAGAAGUAUGAGAAGAUCAUGGAAAAGAAGAUGUCCACGCCCAUCGAGGUGCUCUGCAAGCACUUCCCCUGCGAGUUUGCGACCUACCUGAACUACUGCCGCAGCCUGCGUUUUGAGGAUCGGCCCGACUACGCCUACCUGCGGCGACUGCUGAAAGAUCUGUUCUUCCGGGAGGGCUAUCAGUAUGACUUUGUCUUUGACUGGACCAUCCUGUGGCUUGGUGUCAGCUCAGUUAUAAAAAAAACCCUUCAACAGGAAAAACAUCAUGAGAUUUCCAUAGUAUUCCAUAUAGUAUUCCAUAUAUUAUUCCAUAUGACUCCAUAUAUUAUUCCAUAUAUUAUUCCAUAUAUUAUUCCAUAUAUUAUUCCAUAUGACUCCAUAUAUUAUUCCAUAUAUUAUUCCAUAUAUUAUUCCAUAUGA